AUCAAAACGCUAAAGGCUCGCCUCGAAGAGACCGAAGAUGAGAUCGAACAUUUCGGCGAAUCCAGAGAAAAUGAGAAGAUGACGUACGAUGAAAAGCUCCGGUCUCUCACGGAAGAAGUUGAGCGUCUUACCAAAGAGAAGAGGGAUGAUGCUUUGAGGACGAAUCGCGUGAAAAGGUCAAGGAGCUAAACAAACGAGCUGACACUUUCUUCGACAGCAUGGAGACUCAUGCUCGCUCGCUUAGGGAGCUUCACGGCCAGUUAUCCCCGACGGACGAACCUCCCCAAGAUUUUGCAGAUCUUACAGACUCCGUUGCGACCAAGUCGAACGAUGUUUUGGCCAAAUUGAGGUCUCUCGAACAAGACAUAUCUCUUACGAAGGCUGACCUAGAGCGCGCCCAGGCCACUGUCAAGGAUGUAAAGUCCGAAUUACAUGAUACUAAAGAGAAGCUUUCUAAUGAAAAGAUGGGCUCGGUACACUUACGGGAGACGCUAGAUAAAGAGAAGACUAGAUCUGCUACUCUUGAGAUGGAAGCCAACGAUGCGCGAGAACAGCUUAACCAACUCCGAAUGAAAAUGACUGAGGGCGAGACAGGCUCAGAAACCUUGAGGAAGAAACUCGCGGAUGAAGAGAAGAGAGUUGCGGAGCUAACCGAACAAGUCGCAUCAAAGCAGUCCCAAUUAGGUAGCCUUGAAGAGGAAGUCCGAAUGUUCCAGGAAAAGCUACAGGCGUCAGAUGCUACAUUAGAAGCCCUUAAUAGUCGAUCUGAGGUACGCAAUGGUCGGACUAAGGACCUUACCCAGCGGCUAUAUACACAAAACGAGAGGCUCUGUAGGCUUCUUGAGCGCCUCGGAUUCUCGGUAACACGCAAGGACGGAUCAAUGGUUAUCCAAAAGAUUCCGCGGUCUGAACGGACAUCCCAAAACCCCAACGAUUCGUCUGAUCCCGGUUCUUCUAUACGUCGAUCGGUUUCAUUGACCAGCAACCCCCUCGCUGAUAGCGCUGACCUUAGGUUACUAUACUGGAUGAACGCGGAGGACUCGAAUACGGAAGAUGAGCAAUACCAGGCUUUCAUGGCCGGCCCGGGCAACUUUGACAUUGAUGCCUUUUCUGAAGCCAUGUAUCGUCGGUUUAAAGAUGUUGAGCAUACUGCUCGUAAGAUGACGCGAGACGCUCGGAAUUAUCGAGAACGAGCUCACGAUGCCGCUAAGGAAGCUCGUGACAAGAUUGCCUUCAGACAUUUUAAAGAAGGCGACCUAGCCUUGUUCCUCCCCACCCGUAAUCAGACGACAGGUGCCUGGGCUGCAUUUAACGUUGGAUGCCCUCACUUCUUCUUACGGGAGCAAGAGGGACAUCGCUUGCGCAGUCGCGAAUGGCUUGUAGCCCGCAUAACUCGUAUUCAAGAGCGGGUGGUGGACUUGUCUAAGAAUCUACAGUCUACCGCUGCUCUUCCAUUAGAGGGAGAAACUGACUCUGUGAAUACUGGCGAUGAAAAUGACAAUCCGUUUGAUUUAUCCGAUGGCCUACGCUGGUGGCUCAUUGAUGCACACGAAGAUAAACCAGGCGCCCCAUCUACACCGGGGCUUGGAAAAUCCACCGUGGCUGCGAAUAACGUUGCAGCUAUCGCAGAUAUGCACGCACAUGGACGUUCGAGCAAGGGUAAAUCGAAAUUGGGGCCCAACGGUGGAAUCGAGGGUGUUAGUAGAACCCUUAGCAAGAGUCUCGAGAGUAGGCGUAGCAGUUCAGGCUCUAAGAAAGCCCUGCCCCUUGCUGGAGUUGCCGCCGCGAAAGGCAGUGCGCUAGCUAGCGAGACAAACAGCAUCACGAGCCCAACUGUUGGACAAGGGAGCGCAGGACCAAGUGGAACGCAGCAAGAACCAACAGGGGACAAGCAAAGCGCCGCGGAUAAGAGCGAGGAAAGCGAGCGCCGCCGAAUAGAUGACAACGCCAGUGCGCAGCAGUCUCAAAAGCAGAGGCUUCGGUGUCAGCUGAGAAUACGAUCACAACACCCGCAGCAGCAGCAGCAGCAGCAGCGACCACAACAUUCCCAACUCCGCAGAGAAGUGAGCGCUGCGUCUAUCGAAAGCCCGAGCCCGACUAGAAGGAGUAUUGUAUGGGAUUCACUAUGGAAUUUGGAUGUCAGUUAUCCUGGCAGGUGAUCAGGAUUGGUCAAACUUUUGGCCAUAACCCCCACGAUACCACCUCUACGUAUCACGAAAGUUUUGUGGCUGUCGAGUUGGGAGGAAAAUCAUCAUUGUUAUACAGGACGAAUGGCAUAACAGGCCGAUGUUCCCCUGUCAUAUUUUCAUUGGGCACAGCGCUGGCGUAAAGGGGUCUCCCGUUUCCUCGUGUUUUUUGGUUUGCUUUUGGACCCCUAAUAGAUGUCUGGACUAGCUAGUCCACUCGGUUAUUACAUUUGCUUUUUGGUGAAGAGGGACUAAGUUGUCUGCUGCAUAUGGGAGAUGGAAGGAAUGGAAAAUAAUGCCCACUCCAUGGCUUAAUCACCUAACGCCUACUACCUCAGUCUACGUCCUC